CCCGCUGCAAAUGGCGGCGCGGAGACGGGGCGGCGCGGGCGGGCCGAGGUGAGGCGAGGCCGGGGGUGCCGCCGCCAUGGAGCACAUCACCACCCCCAAGGUUGAAAACGUGAAAUUAUUAGAUCGCUAUACGAAUAGGAAGGCAGCAAGCGGGACAUUAUAUCUGACAGCUACCCACCUUAUUUAUGUAGAUGCUUCUGCUGAAGUCAGAAAAGAAACAUGGAUUUUGCACCACCAUAUUGCAACUGUAGAAAAACUGCCUCUGACCACAGCUGGAUAUCCACUCCUUAUUCACUGCAAGAACUUCCAUGUGGCUCACUUCGUUAUUGGGCAGGAACGUGACUGUCAUGAAGUGUAUACCUCAUUGCUUAAACUUUCACAACCAGUGAAACCUGAAGAACUUUAUGCUUUCUCUUAUAAUCCUAAAAUGUCUAAAGAGAACCGGGAGGUUGGAUGGAAGCUGAUUGAUUUAAAAGUAGAUUACCAGCGUAUGGGAAUUCCAAAUGACUAUUGGGAAAUAACGGAUGUUAAUAAAGACUAUGAGGUUUGCAACACAUAUCCUCCAGAAAUAGUGGUGCCUAGAGCUGCUAAUAAGGCAGUGGUGAUUGGAAGUUCAAGGUUCAGAAGCAGAGGGCGGAUUCCGGUGCUUUCUUACUUAUAUAAAGAAAACAAUGCUGCCAUAUGUCGGUGUAGCCAGCCCCUCUCCGGCUUCAGCGCGCGCUGUCUGGAGGACGAACAAAUGCUGCAGGCGAUCAGGGAAGCCAACCCUGGGAGCCCCUUCAUGUGGCUUUAUUUCAUCUGUGCAUGUAUGUCUGUGAAAAGCUUUGGAAUUCUCUUACUAUUUCUAUACCACCAUUUAAAUGCCAUGGCGAACCGAGCUGCUGGGAAAGGUUACGAGAAUGAAGAUAACUAUGAUAACAUUCGCUUUAAAUUUAUUGGCAUAGAAAACAUCCAUGUGAUGCGGAACAGCUUGCAGAAACUCCUGGAAGUGUGUGAAAUGAAGUCCCCCUCAAUGAGCGAUUUCCUCACUGGGCUGGAGAACUCAGGUUGGUUACGGCACAUUAAGGCUGUGAUGGAUGCAGGUGUCUUUCUUGCCAAGGCUGUGAAAGAUGAGAAAGCUAGCGUGUUAGUCCACUGCUCUGAUGGGUGGGAUCGCACAGCACAGGUCUGCUCACUGGCUAGCCUCCUCUUAGAUCCAUUUUAUAGGACUUCUAAAGGCUUCAUGGUUCUAGUAGAAAAGGAGUGGAUUGCAAUGGGCCACAAGUUCUCACACAGGUGUGGCCAUUUGGAUGGUGACCCCAAAGAAGUAUCCCCUGUCUUCACUCAGUUCGUUGAAUGUGUCUGGCAGCUCAUGCAGCAGUUCCCGUGCACGUUUGAGUUUAAUGAGCGUUUCCUCCUUGAAAUCCAUGACCAUGUCUACUCCUGCCAGUUUGGCAACUUCCUUGGGACCUGUCAUAAGGAGCGUGAGGAUCUGAAAAUCUUUGAGAAGACCCAUUCUCUGUGGCCUUUCCUCUUACAGAAGAAGCAGGAAUUAAGAAAUCCUUUGUACAGAGGAUUUACAGCUUACAAAGAGCUUCAACCAAACACACUACCUUUCAGUUUCCAAUUUUGGUGUGGGAUGUAUAAUCGCUUUGACAAAGGAAUGCAUCCAAAGCAGUGUGUAUUGGAUCAUCUGCUAAGCUGCACGAGCCAAAAGAUGAAACUGGAGGACAAUGCAUCUGAACUGGAAAGCAAACUUCCUUUCCUUGAUGGUCCUUUGCCCAAUGAAGCUUGUUCCUUCUCUAAAGUAGGACGCGCUGCUUCAAAAACGCCGAUGCUCAACACUCCUGAGGAUUAUGAAGGGGAACCACCUCCAGCGUUGAGCAACGGCGCCUCAGCAGGGGAUAUAGAUGUUUUAUCAUCUGUGGACCAAAAGCAUGGAGAGAACCUGGCUCAUCACCAGGACCUCCGUGAUCUUAAUGACACCAUUGAGAUGAUAGACACCGAAGCCAAGGAUGGAAAGCCGCAGCACCAGUGAUCGCCCGAGAACUGCGUUCGGUAAACCUGGCGCUGGUGGCGGUGAGGCAUGAGGGAGCUGUGCCCCCACGGGGGGGGGAGACCCCCUCCACAUUUACAGCCACGUGUGAGUACGUGUGUUUGCAGGGAGCCGUGCUCCCUGUGGAGAAAACAGUCUGCAUUUGGCUUGGUUCACGUUGUUUUGUAGCUAAAAUGCUGAAGCUGCGUACAGAGCUGCCCAGAAGGCUGCCUUCAGUUAGUGUAAACCUUAUUUUUCAUGAUGUGUGUUUAAGGUUUAUGACUGCCUGCCGGGACUGGUCGUGCAGGCUGCAGGAAAUCUUGGCCAGUUAACAUGGGGCUUAGGAGUUGUGCAGUGUGUUUAACUGGAGUAGGAAAGGUGCAGUCCAUUUAUUCUCAGUGGUGGUGCAAGGUCAUCUUAAAAUGAUAAAAGAUUUCAGUUCAUCUUAAAAUUAUAAAAAAACAAACAAACAAACAAAACCCACAGAAAAACAAACAAACAAACAAAAAACCAACACAACCCAGCCUUUUUCUUAGCUGUGAAUGAAUCUCUGCAUGGACCCUCAACCUUGUGGCAGAACCGAUUCAUUUUUUGUUUCCUAUCCAUAUUUGUUAAACAAAAACAAACCCCCCUGUGCCUUUUUAUGGAGACCGUUUUAAUGUCUAGCCAUGCGAUGUACUACUUUUAUUAUUGUAGUGUAGAGUGUAGUAUUUGGUCAUCUUUGUAGACAGUAUUUUUAAACCAGGUUCUUUUUAUCUUAUGCCGGCUUCUCCAGGAUCUCUGCCGAUCCCCUGGGUUUAGUAGGUUCUUUCUAAGCCGACCUUUCAAAUAAUAAGCUUUUAUGGACCUCAUUUACUGAUUGUGAGAGUGCAGCAAACCACAAAGACAGCCUGUAACGCAUGAAUUUUUGAGAGGGAGGAUUAGAAAAGAGAAAAGAUAGGAAAAAAAUUAAAUGGAACUUUUCUCUCUUGUUUUAUGAUCUUGGUUAAAUCAAAGCAAGAGAGUAACUCUGUUCUGAGCUGAAAUCGAUGUGCUUUCCUCACAUCCAUCAGUGAGGCAAUAAUUACAUGAGGUGUGUUCUAUUAUUGAAAUGGGGCCUAAAAUGAUUACUUCACAUCCCAUGCUGAGUGAUUACAGUGAAUGUUACCUUGGAUGUUAAAAUUACAUGAACCUUAGAGAUGUUUUGCCUGUACUGUCAAGACGUGGUGAGAUAAACAACAUCUCUCCUGGCAAUGAGCUUUGUAAUUUUGUGAAGCUAGGGACGGAACGUAAGUUGGGAUGUGACUCUUUAUUGGAACAAGAAGUGGAUGUCUUGGCUGGUGGCUGCGGCUCCAGCUUGGACUCACUGCAGUGCUUGUUAAUGCUACUUGGUUUCUUUAAACUGCAGUAAUCUUGGUUGGAGCUACUAGUUCAAAGUUUCACGUUUAAAACAGAGAUGUAUAUUCCAAUUAUAUAGAAGUCUUGUGAAGAAAUAAGGGCUCGUUCCUCCAGGGAAAUGGGUGGCCCGGGAAAGCUGUUCCACAGUACUUGUUCUGGACAAGCUUCUAUAGAUGUGCUUAAUUUCAGAGAGGCCCUUGUGCAGCUUAAUUCCAGAUGCUUUUCUGCUUUCUUUUGGAUCUCGUUCUUCAAAUUAAAUGUUGUCAUUAGGUCUUAAAA